ACUCCAUUUCGGGUUUUUGCUUUGGUUUUGUUUUACAUCCUAACCAGCAUCAUUUUGAUGUCACUUGUUAAUUUCAAUGACACAGUCUAUCGACUACCAUCACAGAAAGAGAUCCAGUCGAUGGAUUUACCUCCAAACUUCGCAGUUCUUGCACCAGUCGAUAGCGCAGACAAAAAUGCAGUUAAAUUUAAACCUGAGGACCUGCUACUUGCUAAAGACCAAAGCAUUGAUUCUGAACAAAAAACUGAUGCAAGUGACAAAAAAAUGCAUAUAUUAGAAUCUCCUCAUUCUAAGUUUGAUUGGAAACAAGCUUUUUCUAGGGAUAUAUUAAAAGGAAAUAAUAAACAAUUGGCACAAAGUGACUACCAGCCUUUAAUAGGGAACUGGACGGUGAAAUUUCAUUGUAAAACAUGCGCCAUCGUAUCCAGCUCAGGACAGUUGUUGAAUCGAGGAGCUGGCGAGGAAAUUGAUAGCAAUGAGUGCGUUUUCCGCAUGAAUGAUGCACCCACAUUAGGUUACGAAAAUGACGUUGGGUAUAGGACUACUGCCAGGGUAAUUGGUCAUAUGAAUCUAAAAAAAGUGUUCAAAAACCAAAUUGAGAAACAGAAGGAAUUUUUUGAUAAUAGCAGUACAAAAACAGAAAAAUUGUUUGUGCAUUGGUCAUAUUUAACAGAGAUCGACAAGUCAUUAGAAGAAUAUGAAAUCGGACUUGAUUUUGCAAGGAAGUACCAGAAAGUGGAAUUUAUACAAUUUACACCGGAAAAAAUGAAAUAUGCGGAAAAAAUAUUUCGCUAUGAAACAGGGUUAACAAGAACACAAGCAAGGACGUGGUUAUCAACGGGUUGGUAUACCAUGCUUCUAGCCAUUGAUGCGUGUGAUAGUAUAAAUGUCUAUGGAAUGGUAGAUGAUACGUAUUGUCGUAAACAUCCAAAUGAAAAAAUUCCGUAUCAUUACUACGAUCUUAACUUCCGAACCGAGUGUAAUUACUACCGCCGCAGCGAGAUCCGUCUUACAAGUGGUCAUCUAUUCAUCACAGAAAAAGCAGUGUUUGGCCGGUGGUCCAAGCCACAUAACAUCACUUUUCACCAUCCUCAAUGGACACCAAAAUCGUAUUUCAAUGGAAGUCUAGCUACGCCCUUUUUAGAACGUUAUCGUAUUGCUGGUAAUCGUUUAUUUUCACGUUACCCGCGUUUGAAGCUGUACUUCCAUUUUGCCGGUCUUUUCUACACCGUUGUUCAUUGAUGCAAAUUUCUUCCUUAUAUUUUUAAACUAUUUAUAUCGUUUUUGUAAUAUUAGGCUGAGAAAGGUAAAGUCUGUGUGUUGUGUAAUGUGUUUGUACACAUGUAUGUUAAUGAAUUCCACUUGUACGGGUUUAAUUGGCAGCAGACAUAUGUGAAACAUUAUACCACAUGAAAUCAUGCAUAUGACAAUGUUGCAUCAGUAAUUUAUAUUGUCCUUGUUUGCCAAGGAUCGCUGUACUGUAAGGAAACAUGUGGCAAACUGUCAAGUUUAUAAAUUUGAAUAAUCUGCAAGUGGUCGUUUGCGAACCACAUGAAUUUGAAUAUAUUACUGGUGCUCAUUCUUGUCUGUAUAGUUGACUGUAAAACAGGUGCCUAGUUGUGUAAGGUGCAAGUUUGAACAACCAGGGGAUCAUUUGUGAUUCUUACAGGCAAUGCGUAGCCAACUAUUGAGACAGUUGGUACAGUCCCACACAAUUUUUCUAAUGGGUCCACAUUUUAAAAAGUGGCUCCAAAUUAUGUAAUUUUAUGCAUAAAAUGUGUCUACUUUUUGAAAAAUGGUUUCAGAUUCCUCAUAUUUAUCUUAAAAUGGGUAAAAUUUAAGAAAAUGGUCCAGAUUUUUUAUAUUUUUGCAUAAAAUGUGUCCACAUUGUUUGAAGUUGCGCGUAAAGUGGGUCGACCCUGAUAUUGUCCCGCACUGUUUGGAAAUCCUGGCUAUGGCAUUGCUUACAGGUGAUUAUAUUUUGAAUUGAAGCACAAAACAGGUGGCCAAUUGUGUUGAGUAUAACUUCGAACGUGUAAGACUGGUGGGUAUUUGUGAAAUAUAUGAAUUUGAAUAUAUUUCAUGUGGCCAUUUUUGUAUUUGUUUUUAAAAAAUUAUUAUACCAGGUGGCAAUCCAUGUGUGAUAAUUUUAUGCAUCACAUAUAACUUUGAUAUAAUAUUGUCGGUAGCGAUACAGAUAUUUAAAUGGUGGCAUAUGAAAUGAUUUAAGAAGCGUUUUAAUAAGGUGGAAUAUUUUUUUCUCUGGCACAAUCUGAACAAAAGUAGGCAAAUCUACAGCAGACUCACUGUGUGUGAUGUCACAACAAUCCUUGACUAAUACUGUGUUCUUCUGUGUUAGCUGGCAAUGAUGAUAUUUAAAAAAAUCAAAGAUGUGUGCCGUGAGCUAGGCUCUUAAGGUCGCGUACGAACUUCAUAAGCUAGUGUUAUAAUUUAUUGAAACAUUACUGUUACCAUACUCUGUCACCAGCUAACCCAUUGCCAUUAACAGCGGCGGAAAGCGAAACAACAUUUUCUUUUGUUUGAUUUAUGCUUGUUUUAUUACAUUGUUUAUUUAAUUACAUUAUGACCGUCAAUUUCAAUUCAUUUUGUGAUAAUAAGUAUAAACAACUGGAAAAUCUUGAAAAAUACCCUGCAAUAAUAGUAAUCUGAUGUAGGCCAGGGGAUGAGAUUAAUAUAAGUGUUGCAGGGAGGGAAGCGGUGGGAGGAUGAAGGAAUAAUCACAGCUCAGUGAUGAAACUAUUUUGAUUCAUAAGUGAAAGUAAUAUAAUCAUUUUCAGGUUGUACCUUUAACUUUUUGGAAGCUAUUUAGCAUUGACAUCAGUGGUGUAUCUAGGAAUCUUGAAAAGUGGGGGGUGGGGAGUCCUGAGGGUUAAAUAGGGGACUUAAAGUGAAAUAGGGGACUUAAAGUGAAAUAGGGGACUUAAUGAUUAAGUGAGGGGAACUCGCAAAAUUUGGUGAAAAGACAUGAUAUUUAACUAUUUGAGGUUUUUUUUUUGGCUCUAUCAUUUUCAAUGCGAAGGUCCCCAAUUGGGGGAGUCCAAACUUCAUUUUUUUGGUGGGGGUGGGGGGAGCGCGGUGGGGACAUAAAUACACCAUUGAUUGUCAUCCAAACAUGAGGAUAAAAGUUACCAUUAAAAUGGAUGGAUUCCAUACCAUACCAUACCAUAUGAUAUUUUCAUGGUGUAUUUUAGGAGUGAUUUUAUUCACAGUACAGUAUUAUGAUAUUAGCAUAUAGUUUUCUGAUUCUUAACGCCAAAUACUUUUGUUCCUGUAUUAUUUUUCUAUCCAUCCAGCAUGAAAAAUGUUUUAAUGAUAUAAUUUCAUUUACUGUAAAUUAUUGAGAAACCAGAACAUUUUUAUGUCAAGUUUUACCAUUGAUUGACAUUUUACAUAUUGAUGGUAAAUUUUUUCCAUUGAUGGGAGACAAAUAUUAUAUUAAAAAGGUUUUUAUAUAAGGCAUGGUCUUCUAUUGCAAUUCAAAAUACUUCCACUAAAAACAAAAUAAAAUAAAUCAGCAAUAAACCACUAUUGUUUAAAUAUCUGAUUUUGUAAUUACUCUAAUAAUAUUUUUUUUUGUUUAUAAAUCUAUUUUGACUUGCAUUCCAGUGGUUAGAAAUCAGGCUCUGACCAGACUAAAAUUUUCUUUUGACAAAAAACUUUUGUAUGCCCAUAUAUAGUCAUGAUGUGCCUAUAUAUGGUCAUGAUGUGAUGUAAUCAUGACCAUAUGAAGAUCAAUAACGUGUUGUUUGCAAGUUAGUCGUAGUAGGCAUUACGUUAUUAGACAGAUAAACUUUGUGUGGCUAUUGGUA